AUGGUGUACAUCACACAAGAGUCGCAUAAGCUCGAAGUUCAAGCGCGUCCCCCUAUUGCCGUCACCAAUGCGGUCUCCUGGCGAAGUGAAGGCAUUCGCUAUCGGAAGAACGAAGUCUUCCUUGACGUUGUCGAAUCUCUGAAUCUCCUCGUAUCUGCGUCUGGAAAUGUCUUGCGAUCUGAGAUCCUGGGUGCUAUCAAGAUGAAGUGUUACCUAAGCGGUAUGCCAGAACUUCGUUUGGGUUUGAAUGACAAGGUUAUGUUUGAGACGACGGGUCGUGCCACAAGAGGCAAAGCUGUCGAGAUGGAGGACGUUAAAUUCCAUCAAUGCGUUCGUCUUUCGAGAUUCGAGAACGAUCGUACGAUCAGUUUUAUACCCCCGGAUGGAGAGUUCGAGCUCAUGAGUUAUCGUCUAAACACGCAAGUGAAACCCCUUAUCUGGGUCGAAUGCCUGGUGGAGUCGCACUCAGGCUCUCGGAUGGAGUAUAUGUUGAAGGCCAAAGCACAAUUCAAGCGCCGCAGCACGGCCAACAAUGUGGAGAUCCUCGUGCCUGUGCCGGAAGAUGCAGACUCGCCGCGAUUCCGCACGAACAUUGGAACGGUUCACUAUGCGCCAGAGAAGUCCGCUAUUAUCUGGAAGAUCAAGCAGUUCGGUGGUGGAAAGGAGUUCCUGAUGCGCGCUGAGCUUGGUCUCCCAUCCGUCAAGGGAGACGACGAGCACGGAGGUGGUAUGACUGGGGGCUUCGGAGGUAGCAUGGGCGGCACUGGAGGCGGCAAGGCCAAACGGCCCAUAAACGUCAAAUUCGAAAUUCCUUACUUCACCACAAGUGGUAUUCAAGUACGCUACUUGAAGAUCACUGAACCUAAGAUAUACUUCCUUCCCUUUCUAUUUUCUAGCGUUACAUAA